GAAGCGUCGCUGUUAUUAGCCGUUGCAGCACCGAUUUAAAAAAAAAAAAAACGGUUGUAACAUUUGUUUUAUAUCUGGUUGGUUUUCAGACAGCGUCUUUCUUAGCUCGCCAUGGCUCUGUGCGGGGGUGUCGGAGCCAUGGCUUUGCCCAGCGAGCUUAUCGUCCAUAUAUUCUCCUUUCUGUCCGACCGAGACAAGCUCCGGGCCUCGGCCGUGUGUUCACGAUGGAGGGAGUGUCUCUUCUACCCCGCGCUGUGGACCGAGCUCAAACUGCGCAUAGGCGGUGGGUGUAACGGCGGCGGCUCCAGCUCCGAGGAGACCCCAAGGCUGGAGUUCCUCAUGCGGAAGUUCGGUUCUUUCGUGCGGGAGCUGCAGCUGGAACUCGCACCGGUGGAAGGCUACCUCAGCCCCCUCAACAACGACCCGUCGUCCACCAGGAUGGACCAACCUCCCGGUCCCGAUAGCGACCCGCAACUCUCCGAGCGAUGGAGAGACGCCAUGGCCACCUAUUUGGACCAGGUGUUGUGUGUGUUCACCAGCAUCCGCAACAACAGGAACCUGCAGAAGCUGAGUCUGUAUGGAGACACCUGUAUUCUCCAGCAGGAGGGACUAUUAGACAGCUCUAACCUGCACCAAAUUCACCAGGGGGACAAAAAGAUCAAUGAAAUCCAGCAGUUGUUCAUGGAGUUGUUGUCUAACAGCAGACAGCUGAAGUGGUUGUCCUGUAGCUUCAUGCUUGGUCUGGUGACUCCCUGCUCCUUAGCUUGCCUGUCAAAUCCUUCAGCUGAGACCUUGCAGCACCUCAGUUUACUGGACCACCAGCUAGGCCCCCUCAUCUCACCAUCAGAGUUAGAUCGGCUCUCUAAUCUUAAUUCUCUGGCUCUGGAUUUCUCUGACUUGACAUCUGAGCUUUGCGGUCUGCUGGCAUCUCCACGCCGAACUCCACUGCAUCGCCUCUCCCUGCUGCUCAACGGCGCUGCCCUGGAGUUCAAACCAUUAGAAGGGACAGCUACAGAGGACGACUGGAAGGCGCUGGUUCGUGUGAGUGCCAACCUGCGAGUGUACAUCAUGGCCCUGGAGGUCGACAGCUCAGAACUCCUCAGGGUCCUAAAACCUAGCCUUCCUCUAGAGCGCCUCCACCUGGACAGUUACAGCACGCUGGUGACUGAUGCCACAUUGGAGCUCAUCUCUCAGCAGUACAACAAAACGCUGACUCACUUCCUGCUCCUGAGGGAUGACCCCGACUUCCCUGACCUCAGUGUCAAUCGAAACGAAGACCCGUUGGUCCUCUUGGCAUGGAGAUGUACUCAGCUGGCUGUUCUGGUGAUACAUGGUUACACUGUGUGGUCCCACAACUUAGUGGCCAUCUCUCGGCUGCGAGGCUCCAGUCUCCGCAUCCUGACUGUCUCUGAGGAGAGCAUCGACUUUGACCCGGACCAGUCAGUGUGCAUGGAAGGCGAUCCGGUCCAUAACCUGGUCAAGGAGGUAUCCCUGGGCCUCGGCCGCGUCUGGCACCCUUGCCUGGAUUCUGGCCUGGUUUUGUCCGAACCCACCCAGCACUUCCACCGCGAGCUGCACGCCUUCAGCAUGGGCAUGUAGGCAAGGAUGGAAUAUCCAACACAUCACAGCCUAAACUGUGUCAAGACCAGGCCAGACCCACCAGGUCCAAGUCAGCUCAGACUUCCUAACCAGACCAAAAGCAGACCCAAGUGAGAAAUCUAAACCAGAUCUUAAAACAAUCUAUAAAGUAAAUUCAUGUGAACUGAUGUGAGCUGAUGGUUUUUAUUUUAGUUUUAUUUUUUGUGCUUCUUUCACAGGGGUUUUAGCACACAAUUCUGACCCUUUUCCAACAGAUUCCCUGUUUUCUUGCUUUGCCAUUUGAUCAUCUGGUUACUGGUGACUUGGAAAACAGAUUCAGUCUUUGAUCUUUUAAAUAAAUUGUGCAAUUAAGAAUAUCCAAUUAAAACGGAAUAAUUAAAAUUUAAUUUUGAAGGAAGACCAAUCCGUGAUCGCUGAUCACAGACAAGACUUGAGUCAUAAGAGUUUUUAAUUCGUCUGCUAAAAUGGGUCAUCCACUUCUUGUCUGGCAUGGCCCUGUCUGGUCUGGUCUUGCCCACAACAAGUAUUCAGAGCUCAGUUUCUCUCCUUCACCUUAAUAACCUCCAGAGCCUCUGUAUAAUGUAACCUUGAUUUGUUUUUGUUUUUUUUUUCUUUUUUAUUUAACUGUUUUCCAUCUCUCCCUGCUGUGUAUAAUCUCGUUUUUCCUGUGUGGUAGUUCCCUUGCCUGUAUAGGCUUUGUAUGUAUUUAAAUACAGAUAUAUUAUUAUCCUGCUCACAGCUAGAACAGGACAGGCAGGUGGGUUGAGUAAUGGACAGGUGGAAUUGGAGUGGGGGGCGGGUAUUCUGACACAAGCUUCUAGCUUUAGUUGUGAAACUAGUUUUCUUUACAAAAAAAAUCCUGUGCUCUGUGUCGGUCUGUCUGUCUGCUCCAGUCUAGCGAAAGUUGGAGUUUGUAAACUAACCGAUCAAUCACUUCCUGGGUAACACAACCUUCGCUGCUUCUUUUGUUGCUCUGAGAGAGCACCUUGUGCACUUGUCCACUAGUUUGAGAGCCUUGCCAGCAGGGUGGGAAUCUCCAGUGUGAAACGGCUGACUGUGGCUGGUCAGUUUUAAUGCAGUUUUCAGCAACAGCCAUGUCAGUGCCAUGACUCAGAUCAUCCUUAAGUGAGUGGCAUUUCAACGCCGAAUGGUUUUACUAAGGGUUUUGAGCACCUUACCGAUGGUGUUGUGGAGAAUAUUGUUACGUGCUUGCCGCCAGCACACUUCCCACCCUGCUCACUUGUCGACUUUUUGGGAAACCUCACUAGUCGACUGAAUAGGGAGCCUCGUCUUCCGACUGACAUUCAGAGCCAAACUAUGAAAAUUCAGCCCAUCACAGUACAGCACACCACUACUGUGUUUUGUUUUGUUUUGAUCUGUAGUGUGCUGGUAGUAAAUCAUUGCAUCUUUCUUUCUAUAUUCAGGAUGAAUAUAGCUGCCUUUGCUCUCCUCUAGAGGUCAAAACAUCUAGUAUCACUGGUUCCAGAGCCUCUUUAUAUUGAAAUGUCAAGUCAUCAAGUCAAAGGAAAGGAGAGGAGUGUGCGUUAUAAUAUGAAGGGCUCUGAGAUAAAAAAAAAAUCUUCAAGUACUUCUGUAUAUAGAGGAAAUAGGUUUUCACUUCAUAUGCCAUAUAUAUCCGUGUUUUGAGAUAUCUCUGACUACUUCCAAAGGCCAUGCUAAAACAGCACCAGUAUUCUGUAGACAAAGCGUCCUAGGGUGGCAAAUACCAAACCCAGGUUUUGCAGUCAAUCUAGCAGUACUGUAGGUAGGAACCGGUUUCUCUCAGUGGUGGAGUUAUUGUUUUGGAGUAAAACAUUUAAUGAUUAAGAACAGGGAAAAGAAAAGGAUGCACUGAAUGUAACUUAACUCUCAUUCUGUCGGCCAGUCAGUCAGGUUUUUUGUUUUUUUUUAUUGAAGGCUCACUAUAUAGUUAUAUUUGCUGCAGAACUUUGGCAGAUUUAUAUCUUGCCAACAGUCAGGGUUGCUAAAUAAAUGAGUUUGGACAUUGUAGGUUCCACUGACAGCCAAGACUGCUUUGUUUUUUCCUCGAGAAAUGGCACCUACAGCACAACGUGGUUUUGGGUCGUUUGUGGCGAAAAGUUUUCUCUGUCAGUCUCAGGUAGGCUUUUAACAUCACUAUGACCACAACCGUGGUGGUGAUGAUGUCGCGUAGGGUGUGUGAAACAAUCAGAUAAUGUGAGAAAUGGUCUUUUUUUUUUAUUUAAUUUCCUCUUGAGUCACAGUUGCCUUGGAAACAGCCCCUUGUUUUCUGGAUGCAGUUGUCGCUGUUAUUGAUGAUGUUGUUUAUCUUGCCAUCUGAUGAACCCUCACUCCGCCUUGGUUGGAGGGUCAGCAAACCUAAUCAUACAUUUGUUUUCAAAGAUUUAGGUUGAUAAAGGCUAAAGAAUGGCAAAACCAGUCUGCUCAUUGCACAUUUUAUAUCUCCAGUAGAUGCUGUGGGGGCCAGAGAGUGGCCGUGGAGCGGUAGAAAUCCAUCCUGUCGAUAGAGGACCUGCUGGGCCCAAUUAAUGUCUGAACUGAAUGCAGUCAGUCUUCUUGGGUGAAACGAUUUCUGUCUGGCACAGUGGAUCUUGUCUGGCUGUGCAGCUGGCUUGUUCUUCAGGCAUUCAUUAACGAGGGUGAAAGCAUGACUCUCUUUUAUUGUCCAGUUCUAUCCUUUUAAAAAAUCACUGAGUGAAUGCGUUUGCUCUAGUAAUGAAAUAAAUGUUAUCUAGGCUCUGUGGAAGUGCUAGCAUGUCAUGCUUGUGGCUCAAGCCAGGCAUUGUUGACAAAAUGUCUCAUGCAACAUCAUUUUGAGUAUCACCAGAAGAUAACUGGGCCUAGUAUGGUUCCAUGUGAUGCUCCAAUGUUGUGACUGCUGAGUGGUUAUGACAACUGUGGUGCACUGCUGUCUUAUGAAAGCAUUUCCUGAGCUGAGUUGGGAUUUUAACUGGUGGAUCAAAGGUAGGGUGGGCUAAAGGGCACCUACCAUUCAUGAGUAAAUGCUGUCAGCUGGCUAUUGUUAGGAAAGUCACCCUCCCAAGUGACUACAGUGCAUCAGUUCAGUCUGAGGUCAGGGCAAUGGCAUUGUAGACUGUGAAGGUUCAUAUCAAGGUCUCUAGUUUACGUGGUUGACUUGUGAUAAUUAUUAUUUUUUUCCACGGGCUGAUAUGGAACCAGAAUUACACAGCAUGCCAGCACUUUGCAUGGUUCAGAAUGAAUUGGUCCUGGUAAUGGGCCUGUGGUUACCAAAUGUUUGCUCGUCUGUUAAGGGACCUUGAUGGUUUAGCCAUGAUAAUCUCUCCAGUCCUUGGUCCAUAUCUCAGGAUGAAUGCACUUUGGUACCAAGAGUUCCUUUUAAGGAUGUCUGUGGCUGUGUAUAUAGAUCUGUACUCUCAUAUUCAGAGGGGAGAGCAAUACCAACAUAACACAUUCAGACCAAAAUAUGUUGGUUUUAUCUUAUCUUCCUCCUCCCCUCUUCUUAUUUAUCCUCUCAUCCCUCAUUUUAUAGCUCAAGUUUGUUUCUUUAUAGGUUUGUGUUUUGUAUAGUCAUCAGCUGAUAAGGAGGGCAGUCACGGCAAUGUUCUAGUAGAAUGUAACAUCAGGCUAGAUAGUCAUCUCAGCUAAGCAAAUUGACGUUUACCAGCAACCGAUAUUAACAAGCUGAAUUUCCAGAGUCCAUCCCCACCCACCACGAGUGGUUCCUGUCUUCUCAAGUCUCCAUGUUAUUGGCUCCACACUAGAAGUCAGAUUUCACUGUUUGGGCAGUCCAGUGGAGCCCUUAUGGCAGUGUUUCUGCCUGUAAUAAACUGAAACUAUGUGGAGGCCCUCUGACAACUUCUUUGUCAAAAGUUGAUGGUUUGACUAUUUGUGAUUAAAAUGGAAUUAUUUUAGGAACCUAUAGGCUGCAAACGCAGGGGGGGGACAGAGAUUAUGUAGAUAAUACACAUGAGAGCAGUAAGGCAUUGCAGAACGAUGUCUUUUUAAAUAUUGUUUCUGCUAUUUUUGGGGGUUUUUUUUUUUCUUUUCGCCAAAACACACCAAAAUUUUAGUGAAGACGGCAUGGAAAGAACUCAGUGUUGUCCCUGCUAAGAGCGAAGAGGCGAGACAAAGCUCUGCCAGUGAGGCAAAGCCGACAGGCAAAUUACUUUACACUCAGAUAGGGUUUGACACAUUAGGAGACGAACACGGUCACAGUAUGGCAUAGCAUUUAGAAAAAUACUGUCAGUGGAAAAACGACCUGUCCCUGGUCCCUGUGUGUCAUCACUAAAAUAGCUAAAUAUUGAGCCACCUUGUGCCUGAAAGCCUCUGGAGUCUCACUGCUUUUCAAACCUUUGCUCUCUCCAAGUUAUUGGCUUUGUGAUGUAUGUAUGUUAGUUGUUGCUGUGAUUGUUAGUUCACUCUUUAGGGAAGCAGCAUUAUGAGCUACAGUAGGUAGAGGUUUCAGCACGUGUUUUAAUUUUUCUUGGAGCGUGCCUGUAUCUUCAUGUAAGACUUUCAAGUGUAUCCAGUAGAAACGUGUGAAUAAGAAGUUAUGAAUGUAUGUGUGUAUGAACAGGUUAUCAGCAGUGCAGCCAUUGUAUGUUUCCUGCAUGCAUGUGUGUGUGUGUAUUUAAUUGGGGUUUGGGGGGGAGUUGUUCAUGUUCAGCAGUGUAGUCUUAUCACUUCUCCUGCAGCAGGAAACAGGAACAGAAAUCGUUCGUUCUCAGGGUACAAUCGGUUUUCAAAAAGAGGAGUAGGACGGAAAGUAACAAUAGCUCAGGCCUCUAGCUCACUCAUUUGAAUAUUAGGAGUCACUGGAUCUGUUCUCCUCCCUUGAUGUGUUUUAAGCUGCCAAAGACCACAGUGGAACAAACUUAACCCAGACACAAGUCUAUCUGAAGUGCCCGCACACACACACACUGGCAGGAGGCUGGUCCAGUAUUCUUCUCUCCUCUACGCCUCCUUCUAGUACUUUCUCUUCUGUUAUUUCUUUCUUCUUCCCUUCCUCCACGUGGUUCCACUCCACUCCUGGUUUCUUCCACUGACUACCACCACUCCAUGCUUGUGUGUCCAAACUGCGCUGGACUAGAUGAAAUGUUAACACUCUCGUUCUGUAAUUGGAGCGAACAACGACCAAAGCAGACCUGUGCGCAAAGGUUUGGCUAAUGUUGUGUUAGUGGCUGCACCCUGCGUUCACUAAUUCAGAAUUUCACACUUGCUAUAUAGAAGGUGUGUUAUGAAAGCCACAGUUGAACAUUCCUGUCCAACAUAUGUUACUUGGUAAGGGUGAGCAGCAUUAUUGCACAACUUGUGGCCAAAUUCCUGAAUCUCUGAAUCUACAGCGCAUGUUGCUGUGGCAUGACAGAGCAAAGUAAGGCCUCCUCUCUUGUCCAGUGCAGUGCAGUUCUGCACUGUCAGAGGCUUAAGCAGAGCUGUCUGGAGUUGGACUGUGUCCACAACAUUUACUCACCACCAUAUUUCCUCCCCUUUCCCCUUCUCUCCAUCACCUGUUUCACUGUGAGGAGUGAGUGAAUGUAAAACUAAAGGCGAGGAGGGCGAGGAGUUUGGUUCAAUCUCAGAACGGGUCAGGGACCAAACACUCCCUCAGAUGCUUCCACAAGCUACGUUGUAGCUUCCCAACUGGGACAAAGGCCACUGUGCCUGACGUGACAUGUUGUAUGGCCCUGCCAGCCUGUGGCCAAGGUCAGAUUUGACAGGGGAGUGUUUCGUCCUGGGCUGUAAAGAUUUGCUGCUAGAGAUCUGCUAGAAACAGGACAUUCCACUUAGGGGGUCGCUCAGGCCAUCUGACUAGCAAACAGUUCACUACGUGGCCGGUGUCUGCAUGGAAGUUAGACUCUUUUUUUCACUUUUGAAUGGUCAGUUUUUGGAGGGGUCGGGCGUGCAACGAGUACUGACAGUCACACCAGAUGACCAGCUGGUCUGAGCAGAGUGGAGGUGUGAGAACAUUUAGAAGUGUUUUUUUGUUUUUGUUUUUUUUUUUUUAAGUGUGUCGCUAUUUCAAAGGUCAACUGUGUUUCUAAUGUGUGUUUUUCUGCGAUGCCAAGCUUUGCUUUCACUGGAUGCUUCAGCGUCCUGAGGCCAUUUAAGGACCUUUUGUGUCCGGUACACAAAAGGUCACAAGUGAAAGCACUCCACACUGACUGUGCUAAAUAUAAGGACUAGCUGCUCUUCCCAUAAAAUCAGUUGGCUUCACUCAUUGAAUCAAUCUUCCAGUAAAAAAAAACCAAAAAAAAACCAUCACAACGCGGUAAGAGUAGCAUAGUCUGUAUGUUUAGUUCACACGUAAACACACGCAGAAGUCACAGUACAUAUUCAGUAUGGAUACACAGGGACACCUGGAGUCUGAGCUGGACUUAUUUAUACACCAUAUGCAGACGGACGUUUGUGUAUAACUAUACUGUGUUAACACAGAAAGACUGAUUGACACACAGCUAGCAGAGCCUUAUUGUGAAAGCGUUCUGCCAUUAAAAUGACAGGUGUGAAGGCUCUAGAGGGGAAAUGGGGUGUCAGUUAUUCAGGAGACCAUUACCAGCAGUUACUGUACAUUCAUGUGGUUGCAGCCAGUUCGAACAGCCCUUUUAACUUGUUUAAGUUUUUGUUUUGUUUUUUGUUUUUUCUUUGAUCUUUAUAUGCAUUCAUAGAGAAAUCCUGGAAGAUAGCAGGGCCCCUGUGGCCUGAUGGGUAAUUGAAUCCACAGAGCUGGCCUCUAAUGUAGUCCAUCUGAGACAGUUGGCCUUGACAGCUUAUUAAAACUGUGUCGUGAUCACAGAACUGUAGAUAUACAGGGAUCUGGGUUUAUCUGUCCUACCGGGCCCAUAUACAAAGAUACUUCUUGAUACAUCAGUGCUAAUACUUCAUAGCCAAUACCGAUCCCAUUGACAUGGACCGAAGUGUGUGUGUGUGUGUUAUUUUAGUACCAAAGCAGCAGAGCAGACUGUGUCAGAUCUGCAUCAGUCUAUACACAGGCCACAGACAGACACACAUCAGACAUGACCAGUUUCAUUUCCACUUUAGCUGUUGCUCAGAUUCGAUGCCAGCUCGAGAGUUUGUGAUCUCGACUCUCAGGAUGCUGGCAGUGUUUUGGAAAGUAAACUUAAAAAUAGCUGUAGAAAAGAGGUUGUAUGAUGGUUCUGGGCCUAAAACCUUCCCUAAACAAGAUUCAGGGAACGGUUCAAUGUUUCUGAAAGGAUUACCAUGAAGAGACAGGGUUUCCUCAUCACAAUGUGAGAUUUCAGACUCUUCCUGUCUGUUUUAUUUUUUUAAAUCUAAAUGCUAAGACCAUAGACUAUUACCAGUACAUGCAAGACUGAACACAGGGCUGGACUCAGGCAGCAAUGUGAAGAAUCUGAUUAACAUCCUGAUACAUGUUUGUGUUGCGUGGAGAAAAACACUGGAUGUGCAUUGUACUGGUAUAAAAUCAGUCCUGUGUAUCAGAUAUAGAUAGAUGUGUAUGAGGCUACUUAUAAUCUCAGUGAAAGGGAGUUUCACACAGAGCGAGGCCGUUUGCAACUGGCCACACUGAGAACUAAAGAGGAAGUUUGGAUUCUCCAGUUUUCACUUUUAGCCAUAGCUGACACUAAAACUGUUUUUCCAGCCAGCGUAUGAUGAUGAUCCCGGCGUGACUGGAACAUUAAGGGUAUCGUCAUGUACUUGCUUCUCUGUAGUUCUAGAGAAGAAACAGCAAAAUGGCACUUGAUAGCAUAACCUGGCCAAAGUCUGUCAGUAGCGCCUGUCUAUAUCAAGGACCUGAUAGAUAUUCAUGCUCAGUGUCAGCCAACUAUCUUCAUUUAGAUCUCAGCUACUGUGGCUCUGAUGUUUCUGGCCUGUAAACAAAGUCUUUCUUGUCAAGUCUGGAGAGCCAAACCUCCUAAUUAGCCAGGCAGGCAGGCCUGCUGCCCAGUCCAGCCUCACAACUAUGCAAGAGGAAUGCAUAUAAUCCACGCUCUUUUUUUUUUUUUUCAGUUUUUUUAAAAUAUAUAUAUAUAUUUUGUUUUUCUUUUCCUCACUGUCACGCAGUAGAAAUGAAGACGUAAUCUAAUAAGAACUUGCAAUGACAAUACUUGGCCUUAUGAUGAUUUCUGAAAUCUUAUCAUUUAGUUUUAAGAUCUUUUGAUUCUGGUCAGCCAACCCAGCGACAGCAGCGGUGACGGCGGGCUCACUCUUGGUCUCUGUGAGACUGGCUAGACGGCCCCAGUUUUAUCGUGGUACGAAUGUUGUGCAUUUGUUUAAAAUCAGGACAGUUUGCAAUAACAGCAGUCUUACUAGUGGCCACAAAGGAGCACAAGCAGUGCUGACAGCGCCCGGCUGCGUCUUUAGAAAACCAUAGAGGAAGAAAUAUAAACUAUAUAAAUAGAUAUAUAAACUCACAUAGUGCAUAUUUGUAUAGGUAUCAACAAUGCAUUACCGUGGUAUACUCUUAUGCAACACAUGUCCGGGUUCAAUUUAUGAACAUGAAGUAUAUUAUGAAAUCACACAGACUUUGUAAAUCAGAAGCUAUGUUGUUGUGUGUUUUUUGCAAAAAUGGUUUUACCAUCCUUAAUGUUGAAUAUUCUGAGCGUUAUGUUCCUGUGUGAUUGUGUUUGUUAAAGUGAGCACAUAGCAGUGGGUUUUACCUUCUUUCUGUAAGCAGGGAACCAGACAUAACCCAAAAUGCAGCUGGACCAGAUUUCAAAUACAUCUUAUUAUCUUUCUAAAACGUUCAAAUCUGAUCUGUACACCGCUUUGAAAAUAUCCAAGUGUAGUUUCUAACUUUCCCCUGCAUGCUUCAGAGAGAACUAGGUGUAGUUCCAGAUGAUUGGUUACUCAACAGCAUGGAUUAUGAUUUGUUAUGACCAAGCAAAGACAAGUUUUACCACAAAAAGUCCCCUCUGGUGUCCAUGUGAAAAAGCAUUUUGGUGGUGAAUCUGGCUGAUCCUUGAUGAAUUUAAAAACUGAAAUCAUAUGAAACGGAUGUGAAAUCUUCCCAGCUGUUUAUUGGAUUUAGUCUGCAGGCAAAGAGUCCUCUCCAGCUGAGAGGACAGAUUGUAUCAAUGAGAACAGUGUUGAUCCAUGGUGCUGUUGUGGAGAAGAGGGAGGACACGUUACAAACCUCCAUGUAAAACCUUGUGACUGACAGAUGGCAUACACUUGAGGGGUCAACCUGCCGAACGUUGAUCGGAAUCAAUGUUGAAUGAAUGCUUCUCUUCUUUUAGUCAGUGAAUAAAAGCAUUAAAAAAGCUUCAA